AUGUGGCAGCGCAUGAACCGAGCGGCUGAGGAGUUCUACUCUCGCCUCCUGCAGGAAUUCAAUGAAGAAAAGAAAGGAAUCUGUAAAGAUCCAUUUAUUUAUGAGGCUGAUAUCCAAGUGCAACUGAUCAGCAAAAGUCAACCAAAUCCUCUGAAAAAUAUUCUAAAUGAAAAUGACUCAGUAUUCAUUGUGGAAAAAGCGGCUUUUGAAAAGGAAGAGACGAGUUAUGUUGAAGAACCACCCUCUGAAGAAACUGCUAUUUCUGACUUCUCUACUGGUGAAGCUGUGGGGCCAUUUGCUUUACCAGUUGGGAGAGCAAGGCAGAUCAUUGGACUUUAUACCAUGGCUCACAAUCCUAACAUGACCCAUUUGAAGAUGAAUCGGCCAGCUACUGCUCUUCCUCCCCUCUGGGUGAGAUGUGACAGCUCAGAUCCUGAAGGUACCUGUUGGCUAGGAGCUGAGCUUAUCACAACAAAUGACGGUGUUGCAGGAAUUGUCUUGUAUGUGGUCACUUGUAAAGCUGAUAAAAAUUACUCUGUAACUCUGGGAAACCUAAAAAAUUCACACAAGAAAAGACACCACUUGUCUACUGUAACAGCCAGAGGCUUUGCCCGGUAUGAGCUGUUUAAGUCCACUGUCUUGGAUGAUACAGUCAUCCCAUCACAAACUGCCAUCACUUUGGAUAUUUCUUGGAGUCCCGUGGAUGAAAUCCUUCAGAUUCCUCCACUCUCAUCAACUGCAACUCUGAAUAUCAGAGUGGAAUCAGGAGAGCCCAGAGGUUGUCUGAAUCAUCUUCACAGAGAACUGAAAUUCCUGCUUGUUUUGGCUGAAGGUGUGAGGACUGGUGUGACUGAGUGGCUCGAGCCUCUGGAAGCAAAAUCUGCUGUUGAACUUGUGCAGGAAUUUCUGAAUGACUUAAAUAAGCUGGAUGGAUUUGGUGAUUCUACAAAAAAAGACACAGAGACCAUGAAGCAUGACACUGCAGCAGUUGAUCGAUCUGUGCUUAUCAUAGUGCGAGGUGAUCUCGAUUUUGCUGAACAACUGUGGUGCAAAAUGAGCAGCAGUGUGGUUUCAUACCAAGACUUGGUGAAGUGUUUCACGUUGGUCCUCCAGAGUCUGCAGCGGGGUGACACACAGCCAUGGCUCCACAGUGGGAGUAAUAGCUUGCUUAGUAAGCUCAUUCAUCAGUCUUACCAUGGAGCCAUGGAUGCGGUUUCUCUCACUGGCACUGUUCCACUUCAAAUGCUUUUGGAAAUUGGUUUGGACAAACUAAAAAAAGAUUACAUCAGUUUUUUCAUAGGUCAGGAACUUGCAUCUUUAAAUCAUUUGGAAUACUUCAUUUCUCCAUCAGUAGAUAUACAAGAACAGGUUUACCGUGUUCAAAAACUCCACCAUAUUCUAGAAAUAUUAGUCAGUUGCAUGCUUUUCAUUAAACCUCAACAUGAGCUGCUCUUUUCUUUAACACAAUCAUGCAUAAAAUAUUAUAAACAAAAUCCUCUUAAUGAGCAACACAUUUUUCAGCUGCCAGUCAGACCAGCUGCUGUAAAAAAUUUAUAUCAAAGUGAGAAGCCACAGAAAUGGAAAGUGGAAAUAAGCAGUGGCCAAAAGAAGGUUAAAACAGUUUGGCAGCUAAGUGACAUCUCACCUGUAGACCAUCUGGAUUUUCACAGGCCUGAUGUUUCUGAAUUAACACUGAAUGGUAGCCUAGAAGAAAGAACAUCCUUCAUAAGCAUGGUGACCUGCAGCCAGGUGCAUUUCAAGUGA